CCUUACCCAAGCAAUCCUUCUCCAGUUCUGGUCUUGUAUUUCGCCGUUUCUCUCUUAAAUCCUAGGUAAACCCUCAACAGGCAGGCUUACUUUGAUUUUCAUUCCAUCAAUUCAAUGGCAUCCUCCUCCUCAUCUUGCAGGAAAUUUAUCUCCAAAUCAUCUCUAUCGUCCAUCAAAUCAGCCAUCAGAUCAUCUAAGGCUCCUAAAUCUCCCUUCAGCCCCACCAGAUCUGCCACCGCUUCUCACUUCCUUCUCCCAUCCAAACCACCAACCUCCUCUCGAUUCUCCUUUUCCAGGGCACCAUGUGAGCUGGGAUGCGUUCAGUCGCUGCUGCCACUACACAGCGCGGUGGCGGCGUCGAGGAUGACAUCAUGUUUAAGUACCACAUCCAGGAAUUUCCGAGCGCUCUCUCAGGGUACACUCUGCUGCACCUCUCCCGGCCUCUAAUAGUAGCUUUUAUUGUUUCUCUAGCACAUAAUUCAAAGAAAAAAACCGGGAACUUGUUGUCUGCAUCUUUGUCAAGUAUGAAACUAUGAAUGCUUUUUUAAUCAUCUUAAAAAUAUUUGGUUAUAUCAAAAUGGAGGCCUUCGUUCCGUGUUGAUGUAUGCCCAUGUCAAUGCUGCUCUCUAAACUUGUUUGGAUGAUGUUAAACUAGCCCUUAAACGUAACAUGCAUGGGCUUCCUUACGUCAGUGUAACUUGGGAGCAACCAGUGUUGUUCUUGAUUUGUUAGAAUCCACUUUCUGUUUUAUUGGUAAUUUUUUCUGGAUAGUUUGCAAUCUUUUCAGCUAAACUCAAUUUUAACUUUCUGUACUAAAAGUAUUCAAUCAUAGGAUAACUGGUUUCUAUACACAUCUGGUUACCAACCAAAACAAUAAACUUUGAUGGUUUUUAGAA